UGAGCUGGACUAGACCACCUUGGGUUAACCUUUAGAAAAGACCAGAAGACCAUCCCCUGGGAUAACCAGGACCAGAGGGAGUCUGAGGGACCAGACGGGCACUAAGUUCAAGAUUCAUUAACCCAGUGAAGUAGUUGGCGCCGGGGCCUCACGAUGCCGGUGUGCCCGAUGUCCAUGGAGUUCCUCAAGGCCUCACACUUCGCUCUGGGCCCCGAUCCACGGCUGCUCGAAGGUAGUAUGCAGUGCACGACGCACCGGGACUUCCCGGCCUAUUUCUCCGUCACCCCGGAGCGGCUCCCAGCUUCGCCAACGCACUCCACAGUCUUCCAAAAGGAAGCACGCUGGGACUCCGAGGAGCGCGUGUCCGAGAUGCACCGCGCGUUCUCUCCGCCGUCCGAGUCGCCGCGGCUGGACGAGCUGCGGGAGCAGACAAUGGAGCGCGCGCGAGCCAUGCAGAUCAGCAACCUGCACGUGCACGCGGACGUGCGCCCUCGCCUCAACUUGUCCACCGCACGCGCCGACUACCGCUGGCCGGAGCUGCCGCCGCACGGCCGCGAAGACAUCCGAGGCGCGCGCCUCAUCUUCGACCGCGACUCGGUGCCCUCAGGCGACAGGGAGCAGCUGCGCAUCCCCGCCACCGCCACCUCGUACAAGGCGCACUACCUGCCAUAUGCCGCCGCCGCUCAGCCCCGUGUGCCCAGCAGCCACCUGGGGGGCCGCAACCCCCUGAAAUGGAACUACAAGGGACAGGACGACACCACCUACCAGAAUCACUUCCAGGCCCUCCCAGGUCCUCCUGCCUUGAUGUGUAAGAGGGCCUCCUCCAGUGUGAGCCUAGGAGACCCCCAGACUGGCCUCAACACCCUGUGCUCAUACACGAAACAGACCUACAUGCCUCAGGAGCUGCCGCCAGACAGGUAUGACAAGGCCCAGACUGCAGCCCACAUCCACCAGGUGAGCAUUAGUCCUGGAGACAGCAUGUUCCACGACAGGACCACCAUGAAUGACCACUUCUACGCCCGAGAGCCAGAGCCUUUUGUUCUUCACCACGAUAAGACCCCGGAGUCACACAUCCUGAAAGGAAACUGGUGCCCUGGCCCUGGCAGCCUGGCUACCUCCACAAAGUUCUUCUAUGGUGAGCCGCCUCCUGUGACUCAGCCUCCAAGCCGACAUGUGUCCCAUGAGAAACUGAAGGAUCAUGUGACCCUAGGAGAAGCGAAGCUGCUCGGAGACUUCUUCCAAACCUCCACAGGCUCAGCCUACUGCCCUCCGGAUACCAAACCAAUACAGAGAGCCCUUAACCUUUCUUUGCUGCAGAGUAACUUGCCUGAGGGCACAGGUGAAUUUGAUUUUUUAACCAUGAACCAAAAGAUGCUGAAGCCGCAUGGAAUAGCUCGAGCCGCCGUCACGGAAGAGCUGUUACAGAAGUGCAAGUACAGCCACAUAGAGCCCCAGCUGGGUGGACAGCGCUUCUUCUCCACCCACUAUCAAGACCAGUUUCCUCUCAAGUCCCAAGGCCCACUGGUAAAGAAGCAAAGUAACAUUCAGGAGAGCCACGUGCCGAUGGGCACGCCCCAAAAGUUCGGCUGCUGGGGACAGAGAGUAGACCCUCAGGGCCCCCAGCUCCCUAUGUACCCUUGCCCGAGCAAGCAAUAAAUAUCACUUGAUUGUCAACUUGA